AUGGCUGCUCAGGCAGGCGCGCCCGACUCCCCUCUGCGGGACCUGGAAGAAGCUUUGGGCAUGGGUUUGACGGCAGACGGGGACGUGGGGGAUGCGGUGGCCGCCGAGGGCGCCUACUACUUGGAGCAGGUUACCAUAACUGAGGCAUCUGAAGAUGAUUAUGAAUAUGAAGAGAUACCAGAUGACAAUUUCAGUAUUCCAGAAGGUGAAGAAGAUCUGGCAAAAGCAAUUCAGAUAGUCCAAGAGCAGGCUACAGAUACUCAAAUUUUGGAGCAGAAAACAAUUCUUCCUUCAAGGCAUGCAGUUCCUGAAGUAAUAGAAGACUUUCUCUGCAAUUUUCUGAUCAAAAUGGGAAUGACCAGAACUCUUGAUUGCUUUCAAUCUGAAUGGUAUGAGUUAAUACAGAAGGGGAUAACUGAACUUAGAACUGUUGGGAGUGUUCCAGAUGUCUACACUCAGAUUAUGCUUUUAGAUAAUGAGAACAAAAAUUUGAAGAAAGACUUAAAGCACAUCAAACAGGCAGCUGACAAGGCUAGAGAAGAUCUGCUGAAAACUCAGAAAGAACGUGAUUUUCAUCGAAUGCAUCACAAGAGAAUAGUCCAAGAAAAAAAUAAAUUAAUUAAUGACCUCAAAGGGUUGAAGUUACAUUAUGCAUCCUAUGAACCAACUAUAAGGGUGUUACAUGAGAAGCACCAUGCUUUACUGAAGGAGAAAAUGCUGACCUCCUUGGAAAGAGACAGAGCUGUUGGACAGAUUUCUGGACUUCAAGCAACACUGAAGAACAUAGACAUAGGACAUAAUUUUCAUAUUCCUGAAAUUAAAGUUGGACACAGUAUUGAAAAAGAAAAUAUGCCAGAAGGUCCUACUCAGAAAGGUCUUCAUAAAGCCAGGGAACAAAACAAAUGUAAAACAAAGAUGAAAGACAAUGCAAAGGAUUCAGAAUUUCCCAUCAAUAUACAACCAAAUCCAAACUUGAAUUUAUGUAAAGAAAAUCUUCCUCCAGCAAAAUUUGACUACAAGCUGAGUAACAUUUUUAGACUUCAUGAACUUCCAGUGAGCUGUAUCAUCAUCCACCCCUGCAAAGACAUUUUAGUCUCCUGCAGCGAGGAUCGCCUCUGGAAGGUGGUGGGCCUCCCAAAAGGCAAUGUACUUCUCACAGGAUUCGGCCACACUGAUUGGCUUUCAGACUGCAGCCUCCAUCCCAGUGACAACAAGUUGGCUACUUGCAGUGGUGACACUACAGUUAAAUUAUGGGACCUUCUUAAAGGCAAUUGCCUUUUGACCUUCGAAGGACACAGCCAUGCAGUAUGGUCAUGCACUUGGCACUCUUGCGGCGAUUUUGUGGCUUCUGCCUCACUGGAUACAACUAGCAAAAUCUGGGAUGUUAAUAGUGAAAGAUGCAGAUAUACUUUGUAUGGACAUACAGAUUCUGUGAACAGCAUUGAGUUUUUUCCUUUCUCCAACACUCUUCUCACAGGUUCAGCAGACAAGACCCUCUCCUUAUGGGAUGCACGAACAGGUAGAUGUGAACAUUCACUUUAUGGCCACAUGCAUUCCAUCAAUGAUGCCACCUUCACUCCUACUGGUCACAUGAUAGCAUCCUGUGAUGCUUGCGGGGUUAUAAAACUGUGGGACUUUCGGAAACUCUUACCAAUUGUAUCCAUUGAUGUUGGACCAAGUGCUGGCAAUGAGGUGAACUUCGAUUCAUCAGGUCGAGUAUUAGCUCAAGCGAGUGGCAAUGGGGUUAUCCAUUUGCUAGAUCUUAAAUCUGGACAGAUUCACAAACUGAUGGGCCACGAGAGUGAGGCACACACGGUGGUGUUUUCCCAGGAUGGAAGAAGUCUGUUUUCUGGAGGUUCAGACGGAACAAUUCGAAUGUGGUCUUAA